AUGGGGAAGGACUCCACCGCCGCCGGCGGUAUUCCACUCGUGCGGAAGGACCACUACAAGUCCCUGGGUGUGAACAAGCCGGCCACGGCCGGCGGGAACGGUAAGGGCACCGGCGGCAUUCCGCUCACGGGGAUGGACCACUACGAGAUCGUGGGCGUGAACAAGGUGGCCACCGCCGCCGACGCCGACGGGAGCGGUAAGGGCACCGGCAGGGGGAAUGGUAAAUGGCCGGGUCCGGGAGGCGUAGGCGGCGCAAAGGGCCUGGCCAGGGCCGUUGCCGUCGUCCCAGGAGGUGCGAAGGGAACAGCUGGUCGGCGCUUGGGAGGCGCGUCGGCGUUCUCCUCCACUGAUCACAGCACCUGCAAGACGGCCUUGAGGCCCCUGAAGAUCACCAAUGAGUACCACUAUGAGGAGGAGAAUAGCGAUGCGUUCGAAGACGACGGCACGACAUUGUCUUACACCCAUCGUAGCACCAUUAAGACGGCCGUGAAGGUCGUGAAUGAGUACUACCAUGACCAUGAGGAGGAGAACCGCGGUUUGUCCGAAGACGGAGGCAAGGAAGAUCAGGGCAAGGACAUACAGUACGAUGAUGAACUUCUAGCUUAUGAAGACAACGAUGGUGCUGAGAUGGGCAGUGGCGGCGGUGGUGAAGGCGGCUACAACGAGUAUACCAGGAUUUGUGAUGACGAUGCCGGAGCCGGGUACGUAGAUGACUUCCUGAACGGUGAUAACUACUACUAUGAUGUUGCUGCGGCGGGUUUUGAUGGCUACUACGACGAUGGUGGAGAUGGAGCUGAUGACUGGUGGUAG